AUCUAUAGCUUACUCCACACUCCACUACCUUUUUAAAGUGAAGAAAGGAAGUGAACUAAAUGCUCGCGUCAAAUCUCAAACGCUAACGCUGUUUUCAAAUAUAGUAGCGAUUAAACGUUUUGAAGUUCAAGCUCAACUACGAUCCUCUUUCGACAUAAUUAACAAAAUUUCUACAAGUCUUUCCCUGCUAUCCUUUCAUGAUGUCGUGGAACAACAACCGUUAUAGUCCUGCUGCCACGUAUGUUCUUCAAUAUGAGCCGUUGAUUCUUUGUGCUGAUCAGGCUUUGUAGGCGCAAUGGCGUAAUUCCAGUCGAGUAAGUCUACAUCAGUCAUGCAUAUUAUAUGCCCCCUAUACCCAAUCCUGUCAUCACUCUUAUUGUUUCAAGCAAAUAAAGAAACCAAGGUACCAUUUCUCGUAGAGUUUACUGAUGGUCUUAUCUACAGUUUCAAGUUCAAAUGUCGUCAUUGCAAAAUUUUCAAGACGCAAGAUUGCUUCUCAAAGAACGAGAUUGCUCCUUACAAACAUCAACUUUCUCAAAAUCCGGGUAUGAAGCCACAUGCAGUAGAGCCGCUUCUACGAUGCCGUGGCUGCAAGGGUGGGCAAUUGACUGAGCUCCAAUGCGAGGGCCCAUGUUCUAAGUAUAAGCCUUUGGAUCAGUUUAGCAAGGCACAGAGAUCUAGGGGAAACAAGGUAUAUGUGCAAAACUUUCAGGUGUGAAGCAUUCGUCCAAUAGAUGUGAUGGCUAACGUAGAAUUGUAGUGGUGCAUGGAAUGUGUGCAGUGGAAAGAAGGUCAUCACCCCGAGGUCGACCUUACACCUGCUCCAGGGACCGAGCCACGGGAGUUCGUUACAACCACUGGUGCAUCUGAGCAAACAACAGGCUCUUCUUAUGCUGCAAGCAUAUCUGGAGUAAGUAUCUUUUCCACAUUCUUGCACUUCCAUAGUCUGGACUCUGUUGUUCAUUCAAAAGUCGACAUUCGAACUUUGAAAUGUUUACGUACUAAUCAAAAUUCCAUAGUUAUCCCAAAGUCCAUCUUCCCUUGCCAUCGGCAAUACCUCCAAUGGCUCACAGCUUGCGCCGCAUCUACGAGCAGUUGCUAGAAGCCAAAUCGGGAACCGCUCACAAUCAUCCAUGAGUAACCCGUUCGAAGGUGCUCGCACUGGGGAUAUGCCUGUCGGUUCUGAUGCAUGGUCGACCCGCGAUUCUAGACGCCGAGCUGGUCCACCUAUUCGAUACAAUGCAUAUGAUGCCAAUGGAGUACGUCACUCUCAAGGAAGAGCAAUGACAUUGACAUCACAAGCAACUUCAACUAUAGGCCCAUCGAGUGUAGCUUCCAUUACCAGCGGCCGUGCUUCUACUGAUUCCUCGGGUACUCGUCCACCCGGCACUGCUUCUCGUCCCUUGCCAGCAUCAGCACCAGUUUCGCAGCCGGUCUGUGUGGUCACCAACCCAUCCACUGGUUGGGCUAAACCUGUAAGUGUCUUGAAAACUUUGGCCCCAUCAUGUAUCAUGCAUGGUUGUGUUCAUCAAUCGUACUAAUAUAAUCCCUGCUUCAGAUUGGAAAACGUACACAACAAGCAACCAAUCCAGGCGUCACUGAGUGGGCUCCCGAAUCCAAUGAGGUCUACCGUAGGUCCGCUUACGAUUCCAGCGACGAUGAGAUGUAGGCCAUUGUUGCAAGAUUCAAAACCUGACCAUUUCCUUUGUUGCUCUUCGCGGGCAUGAUGGUUUCUAGGGCUAUGGGGAUUUUUAACGGGAACUUGAUGCAUUUCACAAUUGAGCUACAUUAUCGAGACAGACAGACAGCGAUUUUUAUUUACAAACAAUGACUUUCCUUCUUCGAUUCAUAGUAGCUUUCCUUUUUCUCUACUUUAGGUGCUAUGUAUGUUAGUGCUUAGCUUCAGCUUGAGCUUGAGCUCGAGCCCAUCCAUAACAUGCGGUGGUUUCAUGGCUUUGGCUUUAACUGG